AUGUCUUCAGUUGCUCCGACUAAAUCCCCAGACUGGUGGAAGUGGUACGCUGCUGAUGUGCAACGCAAAGCAGGAGCUACGAGAUCUUCUGACCACAAGAUUUUGCAGAAUAAGGAUGCUGCUGCAAAUUUACUAGCUGGAUGA